UCUCACUUUUUGCCCACCCCUCGUUAAAAAGCCAACCACACAAAUCUUAAAUAAAUCACUAACAAUGACAUUUUCCUUAAAAAAAUGCAAGAAAAUAUAACUAUCCACAAAGCAAAACCUCCAAAUUCCCCCGGCCGUCAAGUUCAGAUUACUCAUCUACCCAAAAAUCAAAGUCCAAGUUUGCUGAGAAGAAGAGAAAAGAAAGUCCAAGUUGCUCAAAGAAAAACAAACAAACCAAAACCCCCCAUGGUUCACACCCACUUCCCCUGAUCGAUCUCCAUGCUCUCUCUCUAUUGUCUUUAAACUUUCUAAUUCUUGAAGUGAAUGUUUUGAGAAACAAACGCAAGGUUAAACACCAUGAUUCCAGCAUGUUUCAGCCAACCCAACACACUCUCAAGCAGCUCUCAAGUACCCGAUCCUCAAAACCUCAUUACCUGCAUAUACCAAACCCAGCUCUCCGGCUCUCCCUCCUAUCUCACACUCACCUGGUCCAAAACCCUCUUCUCUCACUCCCUCACCAUCUACGCCGCGGACUCUUUCUCCAUCACCAUCUCUCUCCACCCUUUAACCUUCUCUUUCUUCAGAACUCGACCCGGCUCCAAGUCUAUUUACUUGUCCCGCAGUCGUUGCCAGAGGAUCAAGCUCUACUGGGACUUCACCCGGGCCGAGUUCACUAGGAACUCUGCCGAGCCCGAGUCCUGCUUCUACGUCGCCAUCUCGUGGGAUACCAAGCUUGAAUUCUUUCUCGGUGAUCUUGUCGAUGAAUUGACUAGACGAUCCGGAUUGGUUAUGACUCGCCGACUCCGGGAGCCAGCCCUGCUGUCCAGGCGGGAGCACGUGUUCGGACGCAGGAAUUACGUUUCCCGAGCUCAGUUCUUGGGAACCAAACACGAGUUUGGAAUUGAGUGCAGUGGGGGAGUGCUGAAAGUAAAAGUGGAUGGAGAAAUAAGCCUCAUUAUCAAAAGGCUUGCAUGGAAAUUCAGAGGGAAUGAGAAAUUCUACGUUGGAGGCAUUGAAGUGGAAUUUUUUUGGGAUGUGUUUAACUGGGUGAAUGAUAAUAAUGGAAAUGGACACGGUGUGUUUGUUUUUCAAGUUGGCGAUGGUGGGGUGUGGCCGGAUAUGGUAGGUCCAGAAAAGAGGCUGAUGAAGAAGAGCUUGUCCUCGUCGCCAGUGUCUGGUACAAUGCCAUCACCGUCGACACCGUCGUGUUCAAGUGUGCUGCAAUGGGCAGAGGAAAGCAGUGAUGGGGGGAGGAGUUCGUGUUCUUCAUCAAUUAGGUCAUGUGGGAGCAAUGGAGGGGGGUUCUCUUUGUUGUUGUAUGCUUGGAGGAAGGAUUAAUUGAUUAUAAGGUUUUGAAAUUUAUUGGUUGAUGAAAGCAGUUGAUUUGUGGUAAUAUAAUCUGCCUUUUUGUGAAGAAAAAAAUGAUUUCAAGUUGAUCGGAAGAUCAUAAUUAUUCUUAUGUAUUAUUGGCGCUGGUACUGUUCGAGCUAAUUCAACCAUUUUGUUCUUGAUGAUCAUCAUCUGGUCAUGUCCCAGAUUCAGUAGUACUACUGUCAUUCUGUAUGUCUUUUGUCAGCUCCGAUUUGAUGAUUCGUUCGGUUGUUUAUUUCUUAUGAACAGAUCUAGUCACGAAUUUAUCAAUAUA